GGCGCAGAGGGGCCGCAGUCAGAUCCCUGGGCUGGAAGGGGAGAUGGGGGAGUAAGGGAAGUGAGGUGAGGUGACCCAUUGUUCGAUUUCGUGGAACUCAGGACAGAGUUGGUUUCGUUUCUGCUUCCUGGGCUCUGAGAGUAGAGCUGCCUGCCCAGGUCUCGGCCUGCCUUCUGCCAAAGACGUGGAGUGGGCGUGGGGUGGGGUCGGAGGGGCCUCGGAACCUGCUCUGAAAAGCUGUUCAAGAAACCCUAGACAGACGAACUCCGGUUGUGUGUGGGGUAAAUUGCCGAAGUAGACUAUUCCAGUACUUAAUGUUUCUUCCAGGUAUGGAUAUACUGAAGGACAUCAUCUCCUUAGGCACGUGUGUGUACAAACAAUGCGAAACGAUGCAAGACUGCAAGAAACAGUGCCAGCGUCUAAGGAGCCGCAUCCAAGGCCUGCUGCAGCCUCUGCAAAGGCUUCAGGCCCAAGGAGAGAGGAACCUGUCCACUGAGAUGACCACUGCCCUGAGCACCUUCCAGGCUGUCCUAAAGGAAGCUAAGAAGCAGGUGGAUGACUUUAGCAAUAAAUCCUAUGUCCAUAAGAUUCUAACAUCAAGGAAGGACAAAAGACUCUUUAAAGACGUAAACAGAAGGCUGAACGAUGUCCUGAAGGAGCUCUCACUGCUGCUUCAGGUGUAUCCGUGGGUGCCUUCUUCAAGCAUCAACCAAGAAGCACGCUGGGAACAAGAAGAUCAACAGGAUGCAGAGGAAGAUUGGCAAGUCUUCCAAAGUCUAACUGGAAGUGAAAAUAUUGAAGCUUCAUUGGAGCAAUUGAAAAAUGAUGUGAAAAAAAUCAUGGAGGCCAACAUGAAAAAAAUCAUAGAGACCUCGAGCCACUACGUACAGAAUUUGAUGAAGAGGGUCUCAGAAUAUCAAAUCAAAGAGAUUAAGAAGGAGGAGCUUUCAGAAUCCGACUGGAUCCUACAAAGGGAAAAUGAAUUCAGCAAAGUUUUUAAAGGAAAAUAUCACCAAUCUCCAGUGGCCAUAAAAGUAUUCAACAACGUCCAGGCCAAAAACAUUGGAACAGUGAGGCUUACUUUCAAUAAUGAGAUCAAAGCCAUGAAGAAAUUUGAUUCUCCUAACAUCCUGCGUAUAUUUGGGAUUUGCAUUGAUGAAAAAGUGACCCCACCUCAAUUCUCCAUUGUCAUGGAGUACUGUGACCUUGGGACCCUGAGGGAACUGCUGGAUCAGAAAAAGGACUUCAGAAUGGCAGAGCGCAUCAUCCUGGCCCUGGGGGCAGCCAGAGGCUUAUACAGACUGCACCAUUCAGAACCCCCCGAACUCCACAGAAACAUCAGCAGCAGCAGCUUCCUGGUAACCAACGACUACCAAGUGAAGCUUUCAGGAUUUGAGUUGAGCAAAACACAGACUUCCAUCAGCAAAGCAACUAAGACAAAAAGAGCAGAGAGAGUCAGUUCCACAGCAUAUGUCUCACCUCAAAUACUGGAAAAUAUAUUUGAUAAAUAUGACAUAAAAGCUGAAAUAUACAGCUUUGGAAUUGUUCUCUGGGAAAUCGCCACUGGGAAGAUCCCAUUUGAAGGCUAUGAUUCUAAGAAGAUCUACCAGCUGGUAGCUGUGGACCGGUACCAGGAGCCACUGGGUGAAGAUUGCCCUUCACAGUUGCAGGAGAUCAUUGAUGACUGCCGGGCAUAUGAGCCCUUCCAGCGGCCCUCUGUUAAUGGAAUCUUAGAGAAACUGUCUAUCUUUUACAAAGCUGCGAAUUGAAACUGAAACUAAAGAGUCCCUCCCUGGACAAGAAGCUGGAAGAGGCACAAGCUGGGCAUAUUUCUCUCUCCUAUUCUUUGACAUGUAGUUAUUUCUGGGUGCAGUGAGGCAGCACUUCACUGUUACAAACAGAAAACAGUUCCAGUCAUGUAGAACAUUUUCCCCUCCAAACAAUCCUGUCAAAAAUAUGCCUCUGAUAUAACUGUGAUAGAUGCUUUACAAAAACAUAUCUCUCUCUGUAUUGACAGCUCUUGGCACUGUGACUUUGCAGCUCCUGCCAUCACAAUGUGGAGUCUACACAUGAAACUAAUAUAUUAUUGUAUGUCAAUUAUAUUUCAAUUGAAAAGAAAGAUUUUCUCCUACAAACUGAAAUGUUUAUAGAUGAUGAAAUUAUAUAUCUGGGAUCUGAUUCAAAAUAAUCCAGAGGGAGGAGGAAUAAUUGUAAAUUAAGAAAAAAGCAAAAUAAGAUUAUCUAUGAGUUACUAACUUGAAUCUGGAUGAUGGGUUCAUAGGUUCAUAUGUUCUUCUCUUCUGAAUAUGCUUAUAACUUUCCACAGUAUAAUGAUUUUUUUAAAAAAAAGAAAGUGGAGCCUACUUCCCCACAAAUUGAAUCUUGACUGGCAUUGUGACUGGCGUAGGCCAAUAAAUGUGGAAGUGACGGUGUGCCAUUCCAAGCCUAGGCUUCAAGAGGACUUACAAAUUUCCAUUCCCUCUCUUGGAACUCUACCCAGACAUGAACUGGACUAGUGUGCUGGAAGAUGAGAGACCUCAUGGAGCAGAGACAACCUGUCUCAGCUGAGGUCAUACUAGACUAGCUGGGCCAGCAAAUGGCCCUGUCACAUGAAUGAGCCCAGUCAAGACCAGAAGAACCACACAGCUGAGCCCAUUCACAAAAUUAUGAUCUAAAUAAAGUAUUG